UUUUACUUCCUCUUUCUUUGCGGUGUGAAAUCAAUAAACUGCAGCAGCGAAGCUCAAGUAGGAAGAGAGGAGAAUCCGCGAGAAAAGCGACUUCACGAAGGAAAACGUCUGUCGCAUGUUUUAUGUAGAAAGUCAAAAAAGUAAGAAGAACGAAAAUAGUCGGUCGAAGAGCUCAUGUGAUGUGAAGUGAGACUAUCGGGGGGUGCUGCUGCUCACAAGACUGCUGCAUGUGAUAUCGAUUACAGAAAUAACACACAGGGAUGACCACAGCCCUGCUUCGGGCCCACAUGGACGGCUAGAAAUUCAGGCUUGAAUGCAGAGAGUCCUCUUGCCAGAAGAAGACCAAACAUGGUGCACGUCUACAACUGCCAUCCUUUCUCCUCUCAGCAGAUUGUGCAGGUGGAGAAGGAACCCGGACUGGUCUGCUGUGGAGGUGGAGCUAUUUUUGUGGUGGCGACUGGAGGAUGCAAGGUGGAGGCGUACAAUCUGGAGGUGGAGGGCUGCCCCCUCAUCUGCCGCUUUUCCACCAUGGGCGCUGUGAGGAGCAUCCAGCAUAGCAAGAUAGGAGACUACCUGGUGACCAUUGAGGAAAAGAACAAUGCCACCUACCUGAGAGCCUACACCAACUGGCGUUACCAGGCAGAGGAGAAAGCCCGCGUUGGGGUUCGUUUGUUGGGCCACUUGCUGGGUGGAGCAUCUGUGUGGGGUGGAGUGCAGAUGGAGAUUAUUGAGAUCCCUCUGUCAGAGCGGCCCAUUGCCGUGUCUUGCUGCCCGGUUAGAGGAGACCUGCUGGUUGGCUCUGAGAACACUCUGGUUCUCUUUACGUUGAGACAACACAACCAGCAGAACCUGGAGGAAAAUCAGGAGAAUCGGAGUCUUCAGAGCAGCUGGCCAAACACUCGGCAGCGCUGCGGUCAGAGUCAAGCUCAGUCUUCAAGUUCCAGCCAGAAUCUUUCCGUCCUGGAUUUUGAACGCUCCGUCAUCUUGCACCUUCCAAAAAUCACACCUAAGCAGGUGGCACUGUGCGACACAUAUGUGGCUGUGCAAGGAGAGCUGGAAGUCUUGAUAUUAAAACUGGAUGAAACCUCUGAACCCCAAACCCUGGAGGAACCACUGGACACAAAUAACGCAGAAUAUCUGGAAGACCAGGCUGACUUUCUGGUUGUUCCGAGACACCAGGAGUUACUUGGCGAUCGAGCUAAAGACUGCGACAUCCCAGUUAGCAUUGAAAAAACCGGGCUGGAAGAAGGAAGGCAGUAUGCACUUUCUUACGUUCUUUUCAGGCACUUUUCUCCAGAGUUCUUCCAAGGAUGCAGCAUGGAUGAGAUGCAGCUUCACUCCCUACAGCUUUACCCAUUGUUCACUGGUAACCAGUCAGUGUCUCCCGAUGAAGCGACAUGUGUGUUCUGCUUCUUCUCCCUCCCCACCACGGGCUACCUGUACAGUCUGAAGGGUGGAGUUGAGCUCCUGUCAGCAUAUCAGUAUCCAGAGAAGGUCCUGGAGGCGGCGCUAACAGACCACCUGUUGCACGUUAUAACAAAGAGUGCAUUGCAGUGUUUUACAGUACGAUGUGCAGCACUAGCAGCCAGGAUUGAAGACCCCUACAUCGAUACGACCAUGAAGGCCUGCCCACCCUGCAGCCUGGAGGUCUGUGCGCUCAGGAUGCAGCUCUUCAUCGGCCUGCGGUCGAUGUGCGUGUACGGGCGCCAUGUCAUCCUGCUCUCUGCCGCCGACGCAGAGACACCGGAGGAGACCGAACGUGGCACACAGCGCAGGGGCCUCGAGUUGAAAGAACACAACAUGCUGACUGGUAUUUUCCUGGCGGUGGGAAUUGAUCCCGCAACCACGCCAGCUCUGGAGAGCCUUCUAUCACGCCCCUUACUGAGCAGGAGGUGGACAGUGUCUUCUACCAAAGAAAGCAGUGCAGCGGGACAUGGAUGGAACCUCUAUGUUGUGGACACCGUCCCCCCCUUUACUCUCUACCAGGAGAUGGUUGAGUACAGUCAGCGUUAUGCAGAGACCAACCCACAGGCCCAGAGUCUGCGACACCUCCUCAGCGAAGCUCACCUCCUCCUGCGUGCUGCUCUACUACACGCAUCAGACGAGCAACAGACGGGCCCAGGUGGCCCAGCAGAUCACAGGACAGAUCGACAAGUGCUGGAGGAGGCGCUGAGGGAGAACUGUGCCCAGCUGGGAGACAGUUUCAGCAGGGGCGGUCAGAGGGAGUGUCACCUUGCUCUGCCGUACUACAGGAUGUCUGGUCUGUCACUCACAGAGGUCAUGUCCAGGAAUCGGCCAUUUCCGGGCAGCCCUUCCUCCUAUGGCCCUGGCUUCCUGUUUUACCUGAAACAUUUCCUGUUAGAAGACUCAGAGCAGACCCUCAGUCAGGAAGCAGCUGAUCAGGUCAUUGACAUUUUCAGCCAAUCAGAGCCUGUAAUGCUCAUAAGCGUGUGCACCAGCCCCUGCAUGAUAAAUGUCAGUCCUGCUCGGACGCUGCAAAUUUUACAAAAUCUGGAGGACUUGGUGGGCGUGUCGGUUUCACUGACAAUCACCAUGGCUACCAUGAUGCUGCGUUUGGGUGACCUGCAGCAGUACACACAGCUGAUGGAGAGACACGCUGAGAUGCUGCUAGUGUACGGGUUUAUCGAGGAGCCGAGGCUGCUGCUCUAUGGUGGAUGUGCAAACCAGCAUAGACGUGUUUAUCCCACAGCUUUAACCCGCCAGAUGGCCGACUCUCAGCCUGGACUGCUGGUGGCUGCCAUGGUGGCUUUACAUGAGAACAGCAAAGUUAAGCUGGAAGAAGCCGAUCACAUAUUCAAGGAGCUGCGUUGUGAAAACAGCCUGCAGGUCGACUUCUGGGAGGCGAUGCUCAUGGCAUCAUCAAAUGACGCUGUCAUUCAGGAGCUUCUGUUUCGGCUGGCUUCUGUCUACAUCGACCGUCUAACAAAUACAAAGUCAGAAAAGCACACGGCUCCAAAGCGCAAGUCACUGAAAAGUGCUGAUGACCUGAUCAACUCGUGCUCUCAUUACGGUGCUUUGUAUCCAUGGCUCAUUCUUCUAAGUCCAACAGACAUUACCAGUUCCCAACACUUGGAGGCGCUGCACAAACUGCAGUCUCUGCUGUGUGGUCCAUCUCUGUCUGUGGGCUCCGUCGUGCCUUUGUUGGAGCGCCUGUCAGACGAAACCUUAUGGGGCUUCAGCCUGCACCUCCUUUGCGCUACCAGAAGGGGGCAGUAUGAUAGGAGCAUUGAGAAGUUGCUGGACAGAUGUCCUCAAGCGAUCAUACCCUACGCCAAUCACCAGUUACAGGAGAAAAACAUGGCACUUUGGUGGCAAAAGCUCCUCCCAGAGCUUUGUGAUCGCACAAGAGCAGCCUCAGACAACAGCAUCCUCCUGGCUGCUCUCAAAGAGACGCUUGUCGUAGUUGCUAUGGAGAUGAGCCCCGCAGAAUUCCUGGAGCUCAUCCCUGAUGAUGGCACAGCAUCAUACUUCUUGCCACACCUGUUGACGUGCAGCCAGAGACAAGUGCUGGCCUGAAGUGUGCAUACACACACACUGAAUACUGAGAAAACAUUUCAGAAGAGUCCUCAGAGUUGUGUUUUUUGGCCAGCCACUGUGGAUGACUCAACUUGCAGUAUUUAAACUAUUUGUUUGAUAUCAAGCAAUCAUGUAUUAUAAGCACUGUGCAACUAAACUCAAAGGCUUUAGAGUACUAUGGUGGACAUAUCUCCUAUUUGAUGUGAUUGAACAAAUACAGGAACAGGCCUGCCGGGGGUGUACUAUGUGAGAUUAAUGGCUUAGUGAGGUGUGUUUAGAGUUUUGGUUUAAAACCAGUUCCAUUAUCAUAAAUUCUGUUAAUGAAAGCACGCACCAUGGUUAGAUCACUACCCAAGAGAACUUUAUAUAUGCAGACCUGUUGGUUGGUACGUUAGUAACGCCACUUAACCUAAACCAUGCAGUUAGGUUCCUCAUGCUUUCUCUCUCACAUUGUCACUGGAAUUUACAGGUGUUUGGUUACUGAUGCAGCAAAUGUUCACAUAUUCUUUUAUGUUUGGUCACUUACCAGUUGUUUUUUUUAAUUGCUGUUAAUCAGUUAUAAAUUCACAAGAAAAGAACACUUUUCUGCACUCUGCAAAAGUUGAUUCUGUUCGUUUUCAGUGGGAGAAACGUUUCGUCAGGCUUCUUCAACAACCACUGAUCAAAGGCCAUGAGUACAAUUCAGAUUUGGGGAAUGGGUGCAAUCACAGCAUUUGUAAGAUGUACCCUUCCUCGAUUCAGAGAUGGUCUUUCCCUUUUCACGUAAAUGGCCUCCUUGACUCCCCGUUCAAACCAGCAUCCCUUCCUCAUCAGGAUGUGUACAUCCUCAUCAUGGAAAGAGUAUCCACUGGCCUGUAGGUAUAAAAAGACUGCACAGUCCUGGUAUGAGUGGCGAAACGUUUCUCCCACUGAAAAUGCUACGUCCAGAUGAACAGAAUCAACUUUUGGAGAUUUACGUACCUGGAUGAUUGAGCAGGCAUUAAGACACUUUCCUGCACGGUUUCUCUUUUGCUGGAUUUGUUCCACCUCACUCAUUUUGCUUUUUGGCAUGAUAUUUUCUUGUAUGUUAUUAAAGUUUCUCAACCCUGAAGUGGAAAGCCCAGAUUACUAGUGAAGCUGCACUAGGUUUUCUACAUCAAGCUCUGUUGGUAACAGAGGUUAUCAACAAUCUCAUAUGUCUGAGCGACGCAAAGAAAGCCUUCCUACACUGAAGUUGCUUCAUAGUAUCCCCUUUAGGUCAUGGAGAGCUUUUAGCAAUGUCCCUCCUCAGGGCUGAAGCCUGUUUAUCUGGUUUUAUGGAGUCGGGGUGGGGUUGUUUGCAGAACUGUCGAUAUGUAGAUAUCGUUUUGUUUUCCCGUUCAUAAUCUACUAUCACUGGCCACGUUGUUAGGUACACCUUGCUAGUACUGAGUUGGAGCUACUUCUCUCAUCAGAGUGUACUUAGCAUUGAACAGGUGUACCUAACAAAGUGGCUGUUGAGUCUAUGUGUUUAUGAAACACUUUAAAAUACUGUUAGAACUGCAGAGGAACAUUCAA